AUGCUGCCAAACAUAAGUACCGAAAGAACACCCUUGCCCGCGGCUACGGCUCCACCGGAUUCUGAGGUUCAUCUUCCCGACUCAAAACUAGAAACCGAACUGGUCACAGCAAAACUAACAAGGCGGCCGAUGUCACUUGAUGUCACCUGGGUCCAGCGGCACGCCUACAUCGCAGAUCUUGAAGUCGAUGAACUCGCCUUGAACUAUGACUUGGAUACUGGAAAAUAUCCUCUGUCGAGGUUAAAAUCGCCUCAGGAGCUGUUUACGGCCGUCGAAUACCGUGAGCAUUUGAACCGGGAGGAUAACUUUUUGGCUGAGACCAAUGUUGAAUGCCUUAGUAUUGAAGGGGAGAGUGGUGCACCCAAUACUUCCUGGGGCAACGCAAUCCCCAUGGCCCAAGCCAGCGUCGAGGAAUUCUUCGACUCCCUCUCUCUCAGCCCCGCGUUCCUAGUGAACCUGCUCGGCCGACCAGAUUACUGGGCGCCAAAGAAACGGUGGGAAAAAAGUGCCUCAGACGGGUCUAUUACUGCAUGCGUACCCUUGCGUGGGGGACGUAAUAUAGACUUCUAUUGCCAACAUCCACGGUGGAAUCUUCAAGUCCAGGGUGCCCCUCUGUCCGCGUAUAUGCGGCAUGACCUGCAGCAUGGUUUAACAGUCUACGUUAUCUCGCAUAAGCAAAGGGAUACGAGUGUUGCAGCUCUGCAGUCUCUUCUUAAGUUAUCGUUGAAGAGUCACCGGGACGGUGCGCAGGGUGAUGAAAUAGGGAAAAUUUUAACAGCUAGUCCGCUAGACUUGCACGUUAUGCUGUCAUAUCUAUCCUUCGAGGCGUCAAAAUACCACGUUAAGAGAUUUCAACGGUUCAUGUGGGAGCAGGUCAAUAAAGUCGACAACUACCUCGCAGGCCUGGAAUCCAGUGACCGCUCCAAACUCGGAAACCUGACCAAGCAGCUCCAGAUUAUAUCCCAGAAUGCGGACUCGCAUAUUGCUAAUGCGACUGUCGCUUUGUUUACCGCGCGGGGGAUCAAAGAUAUGACGGCGCAGCUUAACGGUGAUACCAGCGCAUCCAGUCAGAGCCAUAUAACAGACCAGAGCCAGAGCACCCUCGACACAAUCAGCUACAUCAUCCACUCGAUGGAGAAACAACAAGCGUGGUUUGAGAACUACAAAGAGCGUAAGAACUCAACUAUGAAUCUCGUCUAUAACCUCGUGACGCAGCAGGAUGCGGCGAAUAAUAUUGGACUAGCGGCGAGUAUGAAGAGAGAUAGUACCAGUAUGAAUGCAAUUGCGGCGUUGACGAUGGUGUUUUUGCCUGCAACGGCUGUGGCGACUCCUCGUUCCACUCGUCUUACUGUGUUUGAAACGGAAAGAUAA